AGUGCAUGGACAGAGGUGAAACCCGGAGCACAGUCAAAACAAGAGGAAACAGCAGCACAAAAGGCAGAAGGGGAACACGCAGGAGGGGCGCGUUGUUGACUGUAAUCCAGAGGACGCGCAGCGAUACGUCACUGCAGCCCGGAGAGCCGCUCUGGGAAUAAAACUUUACAUUUCUAACCUGCGUGACGACCACCGCAGUGAUUUUUGACAACUGAGAGGAGCAGAAGUGAAAAGGAGAAGCUGCUGGAACAGCUGGUGGUAUUUUACUAAGUAGUGUUUCCUUCAUGAAGACACGUGCUGCCGAUCUUCUGCCGCCUCAAGAUGGCGGGAGAUAAAUGCAGAUAGCUGGCGGAAAGAACAUUCAACCUUCACCUUCACGUCAAGGCAAGCACGUCUUCGCUUGUGACUGAAACCCCCGCCCUUAUAACCCUUUUUUAAUUAAUCGAGAGACAAUCUAACUUGAACGAUGGCAGCGUACAGCCCUGCUCCCACACAAGAGGAGACCAAUGGGGGCCCUCCGUCUGUGAACUCCGAUAGCUCCAUGAAGCUGAAGAAAGAGAUCUCGCUCCUGAACGGCGUCUGCCUCAUUGUGGGGAACAUGAUUGGCUCGGGGAUCUUCGUGUCCCCCAAGGGCGUCCUCAUCCACAGUGCCUCCUACGGACUGUCCCUGGUGGUGUGGACCAUCGGGGGGAUCUUCUCCGUGUUCGGGGCACUGUGCUACGCCGAGCUGGGGACCACCAUCACCAAAUCCGGGGCGUCCUACGCCUACAUCUUGGAGGCCUUCGGAGGCUUCCUGGCCUUCAUCCGCCUGUGGACGUCCCUGCUGAUCAUCGAGCCCACCAGCCAGGCCGUCAUAGCCAUCACAUUCUCCAAUUACAUGGUGCAGCCGGUCUUCCCCACCUGUAUAGCUCCGUACGUGGCCAACAGGCUGCUUGCUGCUGCUUGUAUAUGUUUGCUGACCUUUGUGAACUGUGCCUACGUGAAAUGGGGCACCAGGGUCCAGGACUUCUUCACCUACGCCAAAGUCCUCGCGCUCAUCGCCGUGAUCAUCACUGGCCUGGUGAAGAUCGGACAAGGUCACACUCAGAACUUUGACGACUUGUUCGAUGGCUCUUCUCAGGAUCCAGGACACCUUGCUCUGGCUCUGUACUCUGCUCUUUUCUCCUACUCUGGAUGGGACACGCUCAACUUUGUCACAGAGGAGAUCAAAAACCCUGAGAGGAAUCUGCCUCUGGCCAUUGCCAUCUCCAUGCCCAUCGUAACGGUCAUCUACAUUCUGACCAACGUGGCGUACUACACCAUCCUCCCCAUGAAUUCAAUCCUAGACAGUGAUGCUGUAGCUGUGACAUUUGCAGAUCAGGUAUUUGGAGUGAUGAACUGGACCAUUCCCGUUGCUGUUGCUCUUUCGUGCUUCGGAGGACUCAACGCCUCCAUCGUGGCAGCCUCCAGGCUGUUCUUCGUGGGCUCCAGGGAGGGCCACCUGCCUGACUUCCUGUGCAUGAUCCACGUCUACCGCUACACUCCUAUCCCCGCACUGCUCUUCAACGGUUUCAUGGCUCUCAUAUACCUGUGUGUGGAGGACGUGUUCAGGCUGAUCAACUACUACAGCUUCAGCUACUGGUUCUUUGUUGGCCUGUCUAUUCUGGGGCAGCUUUAUCUGCGCUGGAAGCAGCCGGACAGAGAGAGACCCCUAAAGCUCAGCCUGGUCUACCCCAUCAUUUUCUGCCUCCUCACCGUCUUCCUGGUGGUGGUGCCUCUCUACAGCGACACCAUCAACUCCCUGAUUGGGAUCGGCAUCGCCCUUUCGGGAGUUCCUGUUUACUUCCUCUGCUGCUACACUCCAUCCAGCAAGAGACCACUCUGGCUGCGCAGCUACAUUGCUAAAGCCGGCGUGCUGAUUCAGAAGGUGUGCUUCUCGGUCUUGACGGAGAUGGACACCGACAAGGCAGAGUAGAAAUGCUUGCUUUUAGCAGACUACCGACUGAUGACACACGGACACUCAGCCUGAACUCGUCUUGACCCGUUGCUGCUGCCCCGAGGCCUCAGUGGAGAAACAUUUGGGCUUGAGCUGGACCUGGCUCUCGAUCACAAAUGUCUGGAUGAUCACAUCGUGGUGCACAAGGGCAAAAUUUCAGCCUGACCGACACAUCUGGGAGAACAUUUUAAUGCACUCCUGAAGAAGACCUGUUUCUAUUGCAGAGCUGCACAUCCUUGUAGAGAAUAAUUUAAUUGAUAUUCCAAGUAUCUUGUGAGGAAUUACUUACAGGAAAUGUAUUUCUGAUUUCACUUCAAAGCUUCAAAUUACUAUUAAAUUGUUGAAACUAAAAGCACUGCUGACCACAGAAACAGCCUCCAUAUUUGCACAAAUUAAAAAAAGCAAUAAGAGAUUAGAAUGUGCAAUAGCACAAUCACGUGUAUGAAAACAUUCAUAAAAUGUUUUAUACUGUCAGCUGUAACGUCUGGUGACGUUAAGGGCUUGUUUUUCCUGUUGUUUUUUUACACUCAUUUUUCAGGCUGACUGUUAAAUGUUAAAAGAAUGCAAAUACUGAAAAAACUGUAUUUAUAAUAAAAUGGGUUGACAACA